GCGGGCCGGGAUGGAGUGAGGGGCGAGCGGCGGACAGAGCGCGGCCCGCGGCCCCCGCCCCUGCCUCGCCCCGCGCGGGUCUAUGCGGCCCCCCGGAGACCAUGGGAUCCAGGAUCAAACAAAACCCAGAAACUACCUUUGAGGUGUAUGCAGAGGUGACCCACUCAGGAAUCAGCUGCCUGGGGAAAGAUCCUGAGGUGCGGAGGCAAUUCCCAGAGGGCUACAGUGACCAGGAAGUUCUACAGACUUUGACCAAGUUUUGUUUCCCCUUCUAUGUGGACAGCCAUGCAGUUAACCAAGUGGGGCAGAACUUUACGUUUGUGCUCACAGACAUUGACAGCAAGCAGAGGUUUGGAUUCUGUCGCUUGUCUUCUGGGGCCAAGAGCUGCUUCUGUAUCUUAAGGUAGGUCUGUGCUGUGG